AUGCUUUCUCUUAAAUCACUAUCGGCCUCGCUGGUCGGCGUCCUGAGCCUCAGUGCCGGCGCUGCCGCUGCGAGCAACUCGGAGCUUGUAGCCUCCACCUAUUUCGCUGGCUUCCACGCCAACCGAGGAUUCCCUGUCUCGGCUAUGCCCUGGGAUAAAUUCACCGACGCCAAGUACUCCUUUGCCGAGACCACUGAGGAUGGUGGUCUUGACCUUUCCAAGUCCCAGCCUGAAGAGCUGAGCUGCUUCGUCAACGCCGCCAAGAAGAACGGCGUCAAGGCUCUUGUUUCCAUCGGCGGCUGGACUGGUGCCCGUUACUUCUCUACCAACUUUGGCAACGAAAAGAACCGUACUGCUUUUGUCAAGACGUGUGUUGACUUUGCCAAGGAGCAUUCCUUGGAUGGUCUGGACUUUGAUUGGGAGUACCCCAACAGGCAGGGCCUGGGUUGCAACACCAUCAACGAGAAUGACACUGCCAACUUCUUGGAGUUCUUGAAGGAGCUUCGCAAGGACCCUGUUGGAAAAGAUCUCUACCUGACUGCUGCUGGCUCCCUGUUUCCUUGGAAUGACAAGGCUGGUGCCCCAUCCAAGGAUCUUGGGGGCUUUGCUGAUGUCCUGGAUUACAUCAUGAUCAUGAACUACGACCUUUACGGUGCCUGGGCAAACGUAGCCGGCCCCAACGCCCCGCUCUACCGAUCUUGCGACGAACGCAACAACAUGGGCUCUGGUGACGAAGCCGUUACCAAGUGGAGCGAUGCUGGUAUCCCUCUUUCCCAGAUCGUUCUUGGCAUGCCCAACUAUGCCCACGGCUUCAAGGUCAACGCGACAUCUGCCUACAACAAGAACCACAAGCUCAACCUGUACCCUGCUCAGAACUCCACCGAUCGCUUCCAGGGAAGCAGCUGGGACAACGAUCCUCUCAUCGACGCUUGUGGAAACCCUAGCCCUCCUGGCGGCACCUACCCCUUCUGGAGUCUUAUCAAGGAGGCCAAGUUCCUCGAUGCUAGCGGUAACCCUGCUCCUGGUAUUGCUUACACUUGGGACAAGUGCAGCAAGACUCCUUUCCUUUACGACGAGGAGAAGCAGAUCUACGUCAGCUAUGACAAUGCACGAUCUUUCGCUGAGAAGGGCAAGUUUGUCAAGGCCAAGGGACUUGGAGGUUUCGCUACUUACGAGGCUGGUGGCGACUACAACAACAUUCUGAUCGACGCUGUUCGAGCCGCUGUUGGAUUGUCUUAG